AGACAAGAUAUAGCAACUAACGAAAUUCCUUCAACAUGUCCUCACAAGCAGCACGGUUGCAUAUCGAAGACAGCCAUGUGGUCAUGGACAAUGGCAUAUUGCAAGUGUAUUUAUCCAAUCCGGGUGGAUUUGUCACUAGAAUACAAUAUAAUGGCAUUGAUAAUCUGCUUGAAGUUCUUAACGAAAGGGAUAAUAGAGGGUAUUGGGACGUUGUUUGGAGUGAAGCAGGAAGUACAGGAACAACAGGGACAUUUGAGCGAGUUGUAGGAACAAGGUUUCAUGUUAUAGUGGAAAAUGAGGAGCAGGUUGAAAUCUCAUUUACAAGAAUGUGGGAUCUAUCUCUGAAGGGAAAACAAUCGCCUCUAAAUAUCGACAAAAGGUAUGUGAUGCUUCGUAAUUCCUCAGGCUUCUAUUCUUACGCCAUCUUUGAACACCUAAAGGAGUGGCCUGCUUUCAACAUACCUCAAAUCAGGAUUGUUUAUAAGCUUCGAAAAGACAAGUUUCAUUACAUGGCCAUAGCGGAUAAUAGACAAAGAUUCAUGCCUCUCCCAGAAGACCGAUUACCCAGAAGAGGAAAAGAACUAGUUCCCCCAGAAGCAGUUUUGCUCGUCAACCCCGUGGAGCCAGAGUUCAAGGGAGAGGUGGAUGACAAGUACCAGUAUUCAAGUGACAACAAAGAUCUUAAGGUCCAUGGGUGGAUAAGUAGCGAAUCCGAAACUGAUCCAUCAAUGGGGUUUUGGGUAAUCAUACCCAGCAAUGAGUUCAGAUCAGGUGGCCCUGUUAAACAGAACCUUACCUCCCAUGUAGGCCCUAUCAGCCUUGCAAUGUUUCUUAGUGCUCAUUACGCCGGAGAGGAUAUAGUUCUGAAACUCCAGCCAAAUGAGCCAUGGAAAAAAGUUUUCGGGCCAACUUUUGUCUAUCUUAACACUUUGUUAGAUGAUGAGGACCCACUGAUGCUCUGGGAGGACGCCAAAAAUCAGAUGAACGAGGAGGUUCAAAGUUGGGCCUAUGAUUUCCCAGCUUCAGAGGAUUUUCAGAAAUCUAGCAGACGAGGCAGUGUGUGUGGCACGUUACUAGUUCAAGACAGGUGCUUAAGUGACGAUUACAUGUUAGCACAAGGCGCGUAUGUAGGACUGGCACCACCUGGAGACGCUGGGUCCUGGCAAAGAGAAUGCAAGGGAUACCAAUUUUGGACUAGAGCAAACGAGAACGGCUACUUCUCAAUCAAUAAUAUACGUAGUGGGGAUUACAGUCUCUACGCCUGGGUCCCAGGUUUCAUUGGAGAGUAUUGGAACAAUGCUGUCCUCACCAUAACCCCAGGUUGUGAAAUAAACGUUGGUGACAUUAUUUAUGUGCCUCUAAGAGAUGGUCCAACAUUAUGGGAGAUAGGCAUUCCUGAUCGCUCUGCUGCUGAGUUCUACGUUCCUGAUCCUAAUCCAAAGUACAUAAACAAGCUUUAUGUCGACCAUCCAGACAAGUUUAGGCAGUAUGGCUUGUGGGAAAGAUAUGCAGAUUUAUACCCAAAUGAAGAUUUGGUUUAUACAGUUGGUGUCAGUGACUACAGAAAAGAUUGGUUCUUUGCACAGGUCACCAGGAAGAAAAAUGAUGGCAGUUACCAAGGAACUACAUGGCAAAUUAAGUUCAACCUUGAUAAGGUGGAGGCAAGUGGAAUCUAUAAAUUGCGAUUGGCGCUUGCAAGUGCAAAUGUCUCCGAAUUACAGGUUAGAGUGAAUGAUCUAAAACGAGAUCCUCCAUUAUUUACAACGGGGGUGAUUGGGAAGGACAAUGCAAUAGCUAGACAUGGAAUUCAUGGACUUUACUGGCUAUACAGCAUUGAUAUGCCAGGUCUUCUGCUAGGGGAAGGCGUUAAUACCAUAUUUCUAACACAGACCAUAGCUACUGGCCCCUUCCAGGGGAUAAUGUAUGACUAUAUUCGUCUAGAAGGCCCUAACAAAAAAUAUUAA